GGCAGUUGCGACCAUGUCAACAGGAGCCGCGGACAAGGCGAAGAGGCUGACGAAGCGAUCCAGUACAAAGGAGAAGAAGAUCAAGAUCAACAUGACUUUGGCCAAGUACGAAGUGAUCAAGAAGAUCGCUCGGGACCGAGGAUGGAAGCAAAUCACAGACGAGACGGACAAAGUGGGGUUGGCAGGCUGCAACCUCCACUGGAUCGACGUCCCCGACUUUGUCAAUACGUUUAAAACCAUGCAGCCAUUUCAAAAGGUCAACCACUUUCCCGGGAUGUCAAACCUAGCCCGCAAGUCCAAGCUGGCCCGCAACUUUCAACGCAUGAUGAAGUUGUUCCCAAACGAGUACGACUUUUGUCCCAAGACGUGGAUCCUUCCGUUCGAUUACACGGACUUUGCACAGCAAUUUAACUCGGACGGGACGUCGAACCGCGCGUUUAUCAUUAAACCCGACCACAGCUGUCAGGGGCGGGGCGUGUUUUUGACCAAAAAUUUGAAAGAAGUCAACAAAACAGACAUCUUUGUGGCCCAGCGAUACGUGGCGCAUCCGCUAUUGCUGGGGGGGAAGAAAUUCGACCUGCGCAUUUACAUCAUGAUUGCGUCGUGUGCGCCCCUGCGUGUGUAUUUAUUCCAAGACGGCCUCGUCCGCAUGUGUACGGCAGCGUACACGCCCCCCAACGCCGACAACAUGGAGCAGAAGUUCAUGCACUUGACCAACUACGCGAUCAACAAACUGAGCAACAACUUUGAAAAGAACAAGGACGAAGCCGCGGACGGCGAGGGCAGCAAGCGGUCGCUCAAGUGGUUCUUUACGUGGCUGCGAGACAAGUACGACGACGCGGCCGUGGACUUGCUGUGGCACCAAAUCGGAGACAUUUGCCUCAAGUCUAUCUUGUCCGUGCAGCCCACCCUCAACCAGGAAUACCAGAGCACGUUUGCCAAGUUUUCGAGGGGCAAACAGUCUAAAGGAGACAAUGUGACCGGCGGUGCCGACGACGAAGGCACGACCAACCCCGGCAAGGCCUGCGCCAACUCGUCGUGCUUUGCCAUCCUAGGCAUGGACGUUCUCGUGGAUGAGAACCUCAAGCCUUGGCUGCUGGAAGUAAAUCACCUCCCUAGCUUUGGCUGCGACUCGCCCUUGGACUGGAAUGUGAAGGAACGUUUGCUCAACCAAGCGCUGGACAUCAUGCAAAUAUCCGCGUCGGACAAGGACACGUACGAUGCAGAACACACCAAAAACCUCCAGCGUCGACUGUAUGGGGAUCCGAAGCCAGCGACGGGGGCCGAUGGCGAAGGCAACCAAGACGAGGGAAGCAGCGAUGGUCCGGAAACCGACCCUGACGCGACGACGACAACGCAAAGUUGGCCCCAACUGUCCAAGGACGAACUCACGGCCACCCUGCUCAACUUCUACAGCCUCGUGAACCCAGAAAAACCAGCGACCGAUAUUGAUGCGAUCGUGGCCAAGUUCUUGGAUAACCAAGAUGAACUGCACAAGAGCUUGGUGGUCAAGUACGGUCGAGGAGUGUUUGAUGAGGUGGCGGUGAAUAAUCCGAGCAGCAACAGCAGUACACCGAUGGUGGACGAUGGACUGGUGGACUUUGUGCGGCUGUAUCCGCCGCCGGUCCCGACGUCCAAGAAUGCCAUUUACAAGCAAAUCUUGGACGCGUGUCAGAGCAACAUCGACGAGCAAUUACUACGACUCACGGCCCCCCUCCACCAGAAGAAGGGUGAAGACUUGUCCAAGACGUCGCUGCCACCGCUCGUGAAAGGGGGCACGAAGAAGGACCUGGGGCGAGACUGCUUUGGGUUCACCGGCACCGACAAGGUGCAACAGCUGGAGCUCAAGGACAGAAAACCACUGGCGGUCCCUGGACCGGCGCAGUUGGCGGCAGCGUCACGCCUCAUGAUGGGUCACUCAAGUCAAAAGCUGUCGGUGCUCAUCCCCACCCGCCCUGCAUCCCAGAAUUCCUCGACCAAUCUGGUGAAGAAAGCACCAGUGCAGUACGGCCUCGAGUACCGAGAAAAGCUGGAAACCAUGAAGAAGAAACCCACCAUAGCAAUGACCCAAAUCACGUUUGGUGGGUUUGGCUAAACGUUGAACGGUUCGUGUAGCACUAGUGUACAAAUACAAUAUUUUGAGUAGCUUCGCA